ACGAAGGUCCUGCUUCAAUCCUCUCUCGUGCCUAGCUUCUAUAUUUUUGUUUUAGGUCUGAAAGGCCGGCAUGAAGGUCCGAUCAUGGCUAGCUACAUGCGCAGCCAGCAGCUGCGCCACUUUAACCCAAGACUCCACCAUUCCGUUCCCUAAAAAACAACCGCGCUUAUCGGAACAUUUGGUUUCCGAUAGUUCCUCCGAUAAUCGAGGGAGCGCCACCUCAUCUUCAGCUUCUUCAAGUGACACGAGCUACAGCAGCCUCCCUAGCAACCUUUCCCUCCAGACCCUGCCAUCUUUACCUUCCUUACAGCUUUUCCCUGAUACCUUAGUCUUUUCCGUCUCUGACAUCAGCGUUUCUUCAAUUAUGCCUCAACCCAACCACCCGAUCACCUGCGUUGCGGUUCAGGGUAACUUCUUGUAUGUUGCUUCUGUUAACGAAAUCAGCGUCUACGAUCGCCAAACAUCCACUCUUCUCGAUGCCUACAACGGCAACGAAUCAUCCUCCGGUUCCGUUAAGUCUGUCACUUUCUGUGACGGAAAAGUCUUCACUGCUCACCAGGACUCUAAGAUCCGAGUCUGGCAAAUGACGGUGACUAAAAAGCACAAGUUCUUAACCGCCCUACCUACCGUUAACGACCGCUUACGUCGUUUUGUUCUCCCAAAGAACUAUGUCAGUGUUCGCCGUCACGUGAAGCGGUUGUGGAUCGAACACGCCGACGCCGUUACUGGACUCGCCGUCAAUAGAGGUUUAAUCUACUCAGUUUCUUGGGAUAAAACCUUGAAGAUAUGGCGAGCAUCGGAUGCGCGUUGUUUACAGUCUAUUAAAGCACACGACGACGCCAUUAACGCCAUCACCGCCUCCGUUGACGGAACGGUUUAUACAGGGUCCGCUGACCGACGGAUCCGGGUCUGGGCGAAACCCUCAGGCGAGAAGCGGUACGCAUUGGUGGCGACUCUUGAGAAGCAUAAGUCAGCAGUAAACGCACUGGCUUUAGACGACGAAAGAUCAGUGCUAUUCUCCGGUGCGUGUGACCGUUCGAUUCUGGUAUGGGAGAGGGAAGAUAGCGCCAAUUACAUGGUGGUGACGGGAGCGCUGAGAGGGCAUGGAAAGGCAAUCCUAUGCUUGAUCAACGUCUGUGAUUUACUAAUGAGCGGGUCCGCUGAUAGGACGGUUAGGAUCUGGCAACGUGGAGUGGAAGGGAAAUAUUGUUGUUUGGCGGUUUUGGAAGGUCACCAGAAGCCGGUGAAGUCGUUGACGGCGGUCAGAGACGAUGAACAUAGUGAUGUAGUUUCGGUUAUUAGCGGAAGCCUGGAUGGCGAAAUAAGAAUGUGGAAGGUCUCGUUUUCGAAACCCGGUAGCCCCUCGUCGGCGACGGAUUUCUGAAAAUGGAAUUUGUGAAAAAAAAGGAAUUGAAUCAUAAAUACAUCGUAAAAAGAAAAGGAAAAAUUUGCGGCCGCUUAAAUUUUUUCUGAUAUGGUCCUGGACGUUUUACCAACCCUGGAUUAUUUGUUCUUUUGUUUCUUUUAUUUUUUUCAAUUUUGUUUGCUUCCUGGAAGAUAUAUGAUUAUUUUCAUGUUGUUCAUUUAGAAAAAAGAAAAUGUUUAAUUGCAAUAGUAUGUUUUUUCAGGAUAA